AUGGACUCCGGGGACGUGCUCUGGCAGCAGUCGAUGCCCAUCCCACACGACAUGAGCAUCCGUGAGUAUCUUCCCCGUGUGACAAGCUUGGGGGCGACGGGGCUGUGCGAGUGCAUUUUUGGUGCCGUGCCUUCUGCCCGGGCACCGGCACAGGACUGGGGCGAUGCGGAGGACGCCAACGAUGCGGAGGACGCCAACGAUGCGGUGGCGGAUGCCGCGGUGUCUCCUACUUGCGACUGGCCCCGCACCUUCGACGCCCGCUGGGCCUCCGCGUGGCCGCAGAGUUACGACGUGCACUUCACAAAGGACCCCUACCACGCCCCCCUGCUCCCCAGGGACAGGGCAGUCAUCCGCUGGCGCAGCAUGACCGCCGAGGAGGCGUACGGCACGUGGCGGGCCUUUGUGGGCGGGGAGUACUACAACCCAACUGUCAACGCCACACUCGACAAGGGUGCAACACCGGUGCGGGAGCAGCUUCUGCGGCGGUUGCUGGAUCGGGCGGCACGCGAGAUAAAGAAACUCUCUCAUCAUCGGCGGUGCGAGGAUGAGACGGCACAGCUGGGCGGAAGUGAGGUGAAGGCCAGUGAGGAGGGGGCCGGUGGGACGAAGGAGGCGACAGUGGCAGAGUUGCCCUCGACGAUGGAGCCCCACCACAAACACCUCCAUCGACAUCUUCUUGUCAGUUGCACCUUCACAGACGCUGUGCACCCGAGAGACGUCCCCAGUGCCGUUUUGCGGGAGCUGCACCAGCUGGAGAGAGGAGAGGUUACCGUAGUAACGCGCAGCGCCUAUCAAGAGUACCAACACCAGCAGCAGCAGCAUCAGCAUCAUAGCAUGGAAGUUUAUAUUGAACCUGGCAGUGCAUAUUUCCCAAGGUCAGUGGAGGAAAUGUGUGCGGUGAAAUGUCGCGAGGGAUGGUUCGUGUGGCAGGCCGCGGCUUUGAAAGGGUCGACUUCACAGCCAGCGGAUUUACUUCGGAAGGGCAUGGCAAUGAAAACGGGUUUACUGUAUGCUGGUCUAUUUGUGGAGAAUAGUACUGAAGCGCGGGAGUCCCCUGCCGUGUAA